ACCAGCCCAGCCGGUGGCGCUUAGCAGACGGCUGCAGGCGGGACUCUUGAAAAUAAACACAAGUCACGGUGUUUAUGUUACACUUGUGUCAUAUAUAAUGAUUUUUACAUAGUAAUGCGGUUGUCCGCUUAACCAUGACCGAGAUCGAUUGGGGUUUUGCUGCAACCCGACGUUUAAAUGUCCUUAUCGCGAUAUCCAUGAGCUCUUAAUUGACUAUAAUCUCUUGAAUACGUAUCUACACACAGGACUGGUUGACUUUAGGAAAACAAAAAGACAUUACAGAGGACUAAACCCCGGGUCCAAGCACAGUGAGGGCAAGAUGCCGCCGAAGAGGCAGCAUCUGAAGCCGACAGCCACCAACAUGUCCAUCUCCCUGGACCUGGAGUCGGAGGAGAUCAGUCUGGAGACCACGGUCCCCACCACGGAGGACGUGUCCUCCUCCGACGAGCAGCGACACGGUGGCCAGCAGGUGGUGACCCGCCAGCUGCUCGAGAGGAAGGAGCUGCUGCACUCAGCCCAGCUGCUGAAGAUCGAGCUGGCCCAGAGGAACCUCAUCAUAGACAACAUGAAAGCAGACCACAUGUCAAAGAUUGAGGAACUGGAGGAGAGGCUGAAUGACGCCCUGCAUCAAAAACAAGUGUUGGGCCUGAGACUGGACAACCAGCUGAAACUUGCUCAGGAGGAUAACAGGAAACAGCAGACUCUGCGAAAGCAAGAGAUGGAGGCGAUCCUGCUUCGGCAGCAGCAGCUGGAGCAGACCAACCGACAGCUGUGUGAGAGGGCUGGAGAGCUGCGGAGGUCUCUCAGGGACCUGGACAUCUCCCAGGACCGGUACCAGGAGCUCCGCAGCCUCCCCGAUGACAAAAUCUCUAUACAGGAUUACGUAGCUAUGCGCUUCUACGAGGCUGUGACUCCUUUGCGAGCUCAACUGACUCAACUCAAUGUGCAGAAAAACUAUUUGAGCGAAGAGCUUGACUUGCACAGACCAAAGAUGAAGACUUUGUUGGAGAGCUAUGAGGAGGAGCGGCGGCUGCGAACUGAUCUGGAGUUGAGGAGUCAGAGACUGACCUUAGAGCUGGCCGAUACCAAACAACAGAUCCAUGAGGGAGACUUUCGCCGAAACAACUACCCAAAUAUAAAACGCGAGCGUGACAACUUUGAAGCAGAGCUGAAGGAGUUGAAGAGGAGAUUCGAGACUGUAGACUUGGCACACGCUGCCCUGACCAGAGAGAGGGAGACACUCGGCAAUGAGGUGGCGACAUUGCAGCAGUCAGUGACUCUGCUGCAGAAGGACAAGGAGUACCUACACAAGCAGAACAUGGAGCUCAGCGUUCGCUGUGCUCAUGAGCAAGAUCGCCUAGAGAGGCUGCAGGUACAAUUAGAAGAUACUAAGAAAGCAAGAGAGGACGUGUAUGAAAAAUAUGUAUCAUCCAGAGAUCACUACAAGUCAGAGUAUGAGAACAAACUGAGAGAAGAGUUGGAGAACAUCAGGCUGAAAACCAGUCAGGAGAUAGAGAACCUGCAGAGAACGUCCAGAGAGAUGUAUGAAAGGGAGAACAGGAACUUGCGUGAAGCUAGAGACAACGCUGUGCUGGAGAAGGACAGGGCCGUAUCUGCUGAGAGGGACACUCAGUCCAGAUAUGACCAACUUCUGGAGCAGUUCCGUCAGCUCCAGCUGGGCACCGACAGCCGCGUGGCAGAACUGUCCAACCACGCCAAGCUGCACUCCUUAGAAUCCCAGCGUUCUCAAAUGCUCAAGGAAGAAAUGGCUAAGAACCUGGCCCAGUGCCAGGUGGAGUGUGAGAAACAGCAGAAGAAAUUGGAGCUCCUCACCCAGGAGUUUUACAGGCUCCAAACGUCAUCUGAGAAGCAGGUGGCGAAGCUUCAAGCUCAGAAUGCCGAGCAGGCAUCUCGGCUGGAGACGUAUGAAAAGCUCGAGCAAGAGUUGGACCAAGUCACCAUGCAGGCUGCCGAAAUUGAGAAUGAGGAGGAGGCAGAGAGGGUUUUGUUCUCAUAUGGCUACGGUGCUAAUGUUCCCACGACGGCCAAAAGAAGACUGAAGCAAAGCGUGCACUUGGCCCGCAGGGUGCUGCAGCUUGAGAGACAGAACACAUCACUGAGGAGAGAGCUGGAGAGACACCAGUCACAGACAGGGCACAUCUCUGAGGAGUUGUCUGUAGCCAACCAGCUGUUGCAGCAGACGCAGCAGCCGUAUAGCUACCUGGUUGAGACGGUGAGACAAAGGGAUGCACAGAUCAGCGUGCUGCAAGAGCGCGUCUCCUCUCUUGAGAAUGAAGCCAGCUCCCUGAGGAAAGAGCGCAGCGCUCUUCAACAGGUGAAAAACGACAUGGCAGCCGAUCUAGAGCGCCUUCUCAACCACAGAGAGGAGCUGGCAAUGAUGAAGCAGGUCCUGAUCGGCAUGCAGUCCAGACAGGGAGAAGCUAUAAACCUGCUGGAAACUAAUAAAGCUUGUAUCAAGACGUCUGGUACGGGAACGCAGCAGUCCAAACAUAUCACCAGGAACACAGAAGAAGAAUCGCCAAACAAGCCCAAACCGACUGUGUUUACCAAUAAAAAAGUUCCUGAUUGGUACAAAACCAUGAAGCAGAAGCCGAAAUGAACGUGUGUAACGAGUGCUGCUUACUCAGGUCUUUAACAAUUGUAACUUUUAUUCAGGCUUUGUAUUUUAAACUUGUAAAUUACACUUUUUGUAGAUCUCUACUACUUUUCAAAUACAAAAGUAAAAAGCUGUUUCCAAUGUCAUUUUUCUUUUCUUCUUUCUAUAUAUGAAUUUCCCAGCACAUUGGUCUAAAAUCAGAGGUAUUACCAUCCACAUUCCUUGCAAACAGAAUGCCCAAAAAUUCCUUUUUGCUUGGCAGUGGUCUAUUUUAUUAGGUCUGUCUAUCAUUAUUUCCUCAUCUUUUCCUGGCUUUCACAUACUGGUUGCUGCAGACAAACAACACAGCAGGAACCUUAACCUUUGAUUUGCACUAGCUGAAGCUCCUUUGCCUUUAAAUAUAGACAUAGUAGGCAUACCUUUAUCAUUUCAGAGUAUGUUCUUAUUGGUGUCAUAUUAAACUCAGCCGCACGGCCGCUGUGAAGCUGGGUUGUACCUUUUCAGCCUUUUUUGUUGUUGUUUUUUAAUGGAAAAAUUUACAAAAUAUACUUUCUGAGUUGCAAUUGUUAAGGGCAUUUUUCCUAUUUUUUUUCUUUUUUCAUUCGUACAUAACUGACUUGGAUUAAUGGGACAUUAAGCAGCCCACUACACAAUUUUACACAUGAAGUUCACACCACAAGGGUGUUAUAUUAAUUUAAAAUCCCUGUGUAACAUAUUAAAACAGAAUUUGAAAUUAAUAAUUAAUUACUAAAUUUUAUAUGUAUUUAUAUGUAUUUUUUGUAUUUUUUAUAUAUUUUUUAUUCUGACUUUUCAGUCUUUUUACAACCUCCCCUGCCUGUGUGUGCUAAGUGUACUGCUGACAACAAAAAUAAGUGUCCCCACU